UAACAAUUAGGGGGGGGCGGGCAACACCCCCCCCCCCCCCUUGAGGUGAAAAUUUGGGGUUGAAAACUACACUAUGGCCUUCUCCCUGCCGAAAGGGUAUUCUCUGCAAAAUUUCAUUGUAUUUGCUCGCACCGUGUCGAAAUGCAUGAAGAACAAACAGACAAACUUUCUUCUUUAUAUAUAUAUAUAUAUAUAUAUAUAUAGACAAAUAUUAAUCCUGAUAAUGGUUAUUCUGUUAGACAAGAAAAUGGGCAACGAAAAACUGGGCCACCACCAGAUUGGUCAACAACAUGCCAUCCGCCUGGUCGUGGUUGUGAAGUAUUUGUUGGCAAAUUACCUCGUGAUUGUUUUGAAUCUGAACUAUUUCCAUUAUUUGAACGUUGUGGACAAAUCUAUGAAAUGCGUCUAAUGAUGGAUUUUUCUGGUUUCAACCGUGGCUAUGCAUUUAUAACAUAUACAUGUCGCGAUGAUGCAAAACGUUCUGUUAAAGAAUUAAAUAAUUAUGAAAUUCGUCCUAGUCGUUUAAUUGGUGUUUGCCAAUCUGUUGAUAAUUGUCGUUUAUUCGUUGGUGGAAUACCAAAAACUAAAAAACGGGAAGAAAUUCUUGAUGAAAUGUGUAAGUAUCCCAUGUCGAAUAGAACAAUCUCACCGAUGAAUAUCGAUCUAGAAAAUGCUAUUUGUUAUGAUCAAGAACAACGAAGUAAAAGAUACAAAAAGAAUAACUCAAAUGCUCGUGCUCGUACUGAUCUCGCUCAAGAAACAGAAGAAUCGUUUUAUUUACCCAAAUGUCCAUUAACUGAAGAAUUUUCUCAUUGUUCUAAAUUACAUGAUUUACAAGAAGAAGUACAAGUUAUUAUAGAUGAAGAUGAUGAUCGUAUUGAUGAUGCUUUAAAUUUUCAUAAAGAUCAAGAUGAAUUUUGA